GUAAAUCCGGAAUGAAAUUCUGUCAAUAUUCAUGAAUAUUCUUGUUAACCAUCAAAACUAUCGCAAUGUGCCAAAACGUGCAGUUAUUUUGUGCAGUCAUAAGGAUUUACAUAUACUCGUUCUUCAGAAGGAUGUGCGGACAUGGACCACCAGUAGAGAAGCCUAACUUUAAUGUCGUGUGCAUUGGUCUGUCUAAAUCAGGGAAAAGCACUCUUUUGUCUGUUUUAAGUGGAGAAUCUACAGAUAACAUUGAACCAACUAUAGGUUUUCGGAUAAAGGCCUUAAUGUUUAAUGACUGUAUAGUUGAUGUUAAAGAAUUAGGAGGAGGAGAGAGUGUUCGUCCAUACUGGGACAAGUACUUUGGGGGAGCUGAGGGGAUCAUAUUUGUAGUGGACAGCUCUGCCAGUGAUGAAGAUUUACAGCUGACAAACAAUGAACUGCACAAAGUACUAGCUGAUCCAGAGCUUGAUAACCUCCCUUUGAUGGUGCUAUGUAAUUAUAGUGACAAGAAGGGUGCCAAGUCUAAAGAAGAGCUUCAGAAGGUCCUGGAACUGGACUUGGAAACAAAUAGCAGGCACUGGGAAAUACACUCCUGUACUACCUCGGACAGACAGAGCAUCAAAGUGGCCUUCGAAAGCUUCAACAAAAAGCUCUGGCCAUCUUAUGGAAAUAAAACCUGUACAAUGUCAGACCUUGAGGAAGGGGAAAUAACAGAUUCAGACAAAGAAGAAACCUUAUCAAAGAAAGAUAAGUCUACAUUUCCAAUACCUGCAUCAGAUAAUGCUGCUGCAACAACCUCAAUAAGUUACCGAUCAAGCAAACCACAGCAGGAUGACAGUGAGGAUUCUGACAGCUCAUCGUACAGUGACGAGGACACUCCCCUUUGGAGGUGCAAGAAGGCAAAAUAUUUCUCCUCAAGCAGGCAUGAAGAACAAAACAUGAUUACAGAAUUACCUCAAGAAAUCAAAUCUCCAGUGCGCAAAAACGAAAGGGUUUCAAAUGAAAUUUUGAAUGCUCAGAUGGCCAAAAGAAGAAUCAACAAUGUAUGGGGAUCAGUCCUUACUGAACAGAGCUUAACACAGGACUUAAAAGAUGUGGGAGUGAAAACUACAACAUGUGACAAUAGUCGUUCAGUAGAAAAAUAUGACUUUACUUUGAAAUAUGAUGACAAACGGCCAGAUUUGGCAGCUGAUGUGUGUGACAUAGAGUGCCAUGACCCCUUCAAUAAAGUAGUAGAUCUACCAGAGAUUGACUCAACAGUGAGCCGUAAACGAAAGAGAACUCAUAAAGAAAGACGUCCAGUGAAGGAGCGAAUUAGAACCGAUAAUCCAAGGAAGUCAAAAGAACCUUUACCUGAUCUAGAGGCAGAGAAAAUAGUAAAGAUGAUUGUGAAGAAGCUGAAUGAACCCAAGGAUUACCUCUUUGCAAGGAUUUACAGAAUAAUUGGAAAAGAAAAAACUUUAGAUUUGUUCUACAAAACACAAGAUAUUGAAGAAGCCGGAGGCCUGCUCAUCCAGAACAAAUCUAGAAGGCGUUCCCCUGGAGGAGUAUUUAUUCACUUGCUGAAAUCAGACAAUACCAUUUCAAAGGACAAAAUCAUUGAUAUAUUUGCUAAAGAAGAGGAGGACUUCAUUCACACAAUGGAAGAAAGGAAACGGAUAAGAAAAGAACAAAAUCAAAAGAGAAAAGAGAGACGAAGACUAAGAAGACUACUACCUCAAUCCAAGUUAAUGCAGAAGGCUAAGGCCUCCAUGGACACAGACAACAGACCCAAUGACAGAGAAAAAGAAGAAGAAAAUGCCAUGGGGUCAGCAGAAAGUGAAAAUGAAAGUGGAAAUGAAAACUUGUCAAGUAGUGAACCUGAGGCCAACCUGGGUCAGUUUGAGGUCAAUGAAAAAGAUGUGGUGGAGAUAGAUAUUGGAGUGGAUGAGAUGAUCGAUUAAGCUCCGUCUAGUGCUACUCACCGAUUCUGUGGUACGUGUCAUCUGGUUAUGACAACUACUUAUUCUGGAUUUAAUAUACAUGAAUUGGCAGGCCUGGUACCUGGCCAGUGAUGGAGAAACCUGACUGAAGAGCACUCAGUAUAUGAUGCUCUGAACUUAUCUUUGUGUUGAUAACUGUAUCUUAAUCAGUGUAUGUUGAGGUUUGUCUUCUUAAUUAAUAAUUACAGGGUUCGACACUAACUUUUUAAAGCAUUGGUCCAGCCGGACUAGUGCAUGACUAUUUUUACUAGUCCGCAGGCAAGUUUAUUAGUCCGUCCAAAGAAAUAAAUAUGCAAUUUUAAAAUAAAUCAUUUCCAGAUAUAUUAAUUCGAUAUGACCUAGUCUUAUUUUUAAGAAAUCAAUACAUGAGGCUCAACAUUUAUUGAACAAAAUAGCUAUGAUUCAUUUUAUGAAACAAUGAUUUUUCUUCAUGAUAUUUAAUUGUUUCUAUCCUCAGAUUAGCUCAUCCAGUUACAAAAGAACAUGCUUUCUCUACAGAUCCAUUUGCGUAUUUUUUACAAAUUGUACAAAACAUUAGUCCAGAAUUUUUUUCAAAAUAUAACCACUCUUGAUUUUUCGUCCACGUUUCAAGGAAGUCACGAGAUCGGCAAGUUUGUUCGUACUCACGGUUGCACUCCUUUUUCUCAAAGCUGUUAGAUGUCAGACACAUUGUGUGUAGUUUUCGCCUUUUCAUAGUCUCUGUAUCCACGGACGCCUUGAAAAAAUCAGAUAACUUUUCUGUUUCUCCAUGUUUUGCACAACUGUCAAACUACCCCAUUAUCACAGAGACAUUUUACUUCACUAUAAUAAAUUAGUUAUAUAAGAAAGCGUUCAAAUGAAUAAGAAUUACUCGAUUACCGCCAUGCUUCAAUAGCUAAAAAUACAUUCGGGGUUUCCUAAGAAAGUGUGAUAUCGUCGAUCGUAAUACAAAUUUCAAGCUGUUUAGUCGAUAUUUUUAUUAGUCGGGGCGGACUGAUUAGGCAUAAAUUUUAUUAGUCCGACUUGAAAUUUAUUAGUAUGUGACUAACGGACUAAGGUUAGUGUCGAACCCUGAAUUACACAGUAAAAAGACUUCACAGGACAGUUCUGCCAAGCAGAUACCACUUUAUUCAAAAAUGUUAAUGAAUAUAUGCACUAAGUAAUGUACUUUUUCAAGUCAUCAACAUAAAAUAAAACUUGCACAUGGUAACAC